AUGAGGACGAGCCGCCGCGGCCGGGCGCUCCUGGCCGUGGCCCUGAACCUGCUGGCGCUGCUCUUCGCCACCACCGCCUUCCUCACCACGCACUGGUGCCAGGGCGCGCGCCGGGUGCCCAAGCCCGGCUGCGGCCAGGGCGGCGGCGGCGGCGUCCGCUGCCCGGACCCGGGCGCCAACGCCACGGCCCACGGCGCCAACGGCACGGCCGCCCCCGCCGCCCCCGCCGACGCCGCGGGGCCCGGGCCCCCGGGGGCGCCGUACAGCUGGGAGACCGGCGACGACCGCUUCCUGCUCCGCCGCUUCCACGCCGGCAUCUGGUUCUCGUGCGAGGAGGAGCCCGGCGGGCUGGGCGAGACCUGCCGCAGCUUCAUCGACCUGGCCCCGGCGUCCGAGAAAGGCGUGCUGUGGCUGUCUGUGGUGUCGGAGGUCCUGUACAUCCUGCUGCUGGUGGUGGGCUUCAGCCUUAUGUGUCUCGAACUCUUCCACUCCAGCAACGUCAUCGACGGGCUGAAGCUCAACGCCUUCGCUGCUGUCUUCACGGUGCUCUCAGGCCUGCUGGGAAUGGUGGCCCACAUGAUGUACACCCAGGUGUUCCAGGUCACCGUGAGCCUUGGCCCCGAGGACUGGAGACCCCACUCCUGGGACUACGGGUGGUCCUUCUGCCUGGCCUGGGGUUCCUUCACCUGCUGCAUGGCGGCCUCUGUCACCACGCUCAACUCCUACACCAAGACCGUCAUCGAGUUCCGGCACAAGCGCAAGGUCUUCGAGCAAGGCUACCGGGAAGAGCCCACCUUCAUGGAUCCAGAGGCCAUCAAGUACUUCCGGGAGAGGAUGGAGAAGGGCGAUGGGAGCGAGGAGGAGGACUUCCGCUUAGACUGUCGCCACCAGGGCUAUUCAACUCGACACCAGGCACACAUGGCUGACUCCUGGCCCCGGAGCUCCGCCCAGGAGGCGCCCGAGCUGAGCCGCCAGUGCUGGGUGCUGGGGCACUGGGUGUGAGGAGCCUGCCAGGCCCACAUGCCCGCCGUCGUGGCUGCUAACGCCC